AUGAGUUUUCAAGCCGCCAGACUCGUUAGACAGCUGCCACGCAGGCCGAUGCCAGCGUUCCAAACCCGCUCCAUGAGCAUGAAUUCGUUCGUCGCCCCCAAGAACGGCCAGUCUCAACCGGGAGAUUGGCCGGGCAUGGGCAAAAAAGCCGUUAGGCGGGUUGCCGAAUACGUCGGGUUCGCCUCGGCCGUAUUGUUUUGGCCGUAUCCUGUGUACAGAAUCUCUGAGGCGAUUUGGGGUAGCUGA